AUGAUGCCUCAGCAUUGUUUUCUAGGCUUCCUCAUCAGUGGCCUCCUGCCUGGCGUGGUAGAAACUCAGCCAGCCCACGAAUCUCUGAAACCUCAACGAGUACAUUUUCAGUCCCGAAAUUUUCACAACAUUUUGCACUGGCAGCCUGGGCAAGCUUGUCCCGGCAACAGAAGUAUCUAUUUUGUGCAGUAUAAAAUGUAUGGACAGAGACAAUGGAAAAAUAAAGAGGACUGCUGGGGUAUCCGAGAGUUCUUCUGUGACCUUACCAAUGAAACGUCAGAUAUAUGGGAACCUUAUUACGGGAGAGUGAGGACGACCCUGGCUGGGGUCCACUCAGGCUGGACCAUGACACAACGGUUCACUCCCUGGUGGGAAACAAAAAUAGAUCCUCCAGUCAUGAGUAUAACCCAAGUUAAUGGAUCUUUGUUGGUGAAUCUCUAUGCUCCCAACUUACCAUAUAGAGACCAAAAAGGAAAAAAUGUAUCAAUGGAAUACUAUGAGCUGGUAUACAGAGUCUUUGUAAUUAACAAUUCAAUGGAAAAGGAGCAAAAGAUAUAUGAAGGAGCUCACAGAGUUGUUGAAAUUGAAGCUCUAACACCUCAUGCUGGUUAUUGCGUAGUGGCUGAAAUAUACCAGCCCACGUUAGACAGAAGAAGUCAGAGAAGCCAAGAAAGAUGUGUGGAAAGUCCUUGA